AUGCUAUAUCGCAGGAAGCAGGAGGGGCGGCUUUCACAGCAGGAUCUGUGCAUGAAUGGAGCAGAGGCAGAGUGGACACUACACGGGCGGCCUGCGACGAUCAUGAGCUGCACGGUCCCAGUACUGAGUCUUCUGAUAUGUGCCGCCCUCCUCCUUCGCGCCUCCACAGACUCCUCUAGGAUCUCCUCACGCCUCCCCCACCAGAUUCUCAUGAAUACCUCGGUGCAGGUGAUCCACCCCCCCGUCAGAAUGGACAUCCUGUCAGUGCGCUGGGACCACAAUGGGCGCCCCCUGGUGGAGUAUAAAGACGGCAGUCUGACAUUUCACAGCUCGCAGGCCGUGAUGUCUCUGGAGCAGAUCGCGCAGGGGAACAUCUCUCUGGUUUUGACGAAUCUUACCCUGAGCGACGCUGGCAACUACACGUGUGCGGUCCAGUAUGGCGGUGCGGCGCAAAUCGCCAUCUACGGUCUCAUUUUAGAACCCACCAGGAUCCGCCUGUUGAACUUGACUCCUCCCCCGCGGAAGGCUGGUGUCGCCUCGGUGAGAUCCACAACAGAAUCCUUGUUGCGACAUGUCGAGGCUCGGCGGGGGGAGAACGUUACUCUGCCGUGUGACUUUAAGACGGAUGGCGCCAUUGAAUUGUCAAUGCUGAUCGUCCAUUGGUCGAAGGACGGGGUGACCAAGUAUUUCUCUAACAAGACGUGUUGUGACUACCCGGGUCACGAUAUUUCGGAAGGAGACCUCCAGAACGGCAGAGCCCCCCUACAACUGAUCAAUGUCCAGGACAAGGACACGGGGGUCUACACCUGCGCCAUCAAGUACGAGGACAUAGAGGAAACCUGGAACACCAUUGUCCACGUCCAAGACGCUUUGGAUCCACAUGGCACUGAGACGAUGACGGUGCCAGCGCCCUCCAGAGAUGAUGAUUCAGUAGUCCCAGAGCCCAUGCAGCAGCAGCACAGAACUCUGAAAUUCGGCCUGGUCUCGGGGGUGGUCGCCGUCACCGGGCUCCUCGCUGUAGUUCUCUAUUUUUGCUUUGAACCUUGAAAUAUUUUCAAAAAGACUCGUCAUGAUGGGUAUGGGCAAAAAAAAUGGACCGGUCAGUGGUCGCCGAGUGGUCACGUCACCUCCGGGGAGGUUUACAGAAUUAGAAAAACAUGGCUGUUUUCUUCCAGAGAUGGCGCCGCCCGGUGUCCAGUGUCUGGUAUUGCAGCUCAACUCCAUUGCAGUGAAUAGGGCAGAGCUGCAUUACAGCUGUUUUGGGAAGUUAGACGGGGCGCCCA